UUGGCGCUGUCGUCGUCCGAAGCCAACUGUUCCUCUCCUGUGGCAGACGCUGGUUGGUUAGCAUUCCCCUAACAACGUGUCGGUGUUUACCGACAUGGCGGGGACCGGCAAGAAGGCCGACGGCCUGUUUCGGCAAAGUAUCGGAUGGCAAACCCUACUGCGUUUCACAAUUUUGGCUCUAGCAUGGCUCGUCGGAUUCAGCUCCCGACUGUUCGCCGUAAUUCGCUUCGAGAGCAUCAUCCACGAGUUCGACCCAUGGUUCAACUACCGCUCGACACACUACAUGGUCAAGCAUGGGUUUUACAAUUUCCUAAAUUGGUUUGAUGAAAGAGCUUGGUACCCACUUGGAAGGAUAGUGGGUGGAACGGUCUACCCUGGGCUUAUGAUAACUUCUGGUGCUAUCCACUAUGUCCUAAGCCUUCUCCACAUAACCGUGCACAUACGGGAUGUGUGCGUCUUCCUAGCACCAGUGUUCAGUGGGCUCACUGCACUAGCAACAUACUUUUUAACAAAAGAACUUUGGAAUGAUGCAGCAGGUCUUUUUGCAGCCUGUUUCAUUGCUAUUGUACCUGGCUACAUCAGCCGUUCGGUGGCAGGAAGCUAUGAUAACGAAGGCAUUGCCAUCUUCGCACUCAUGUUCACAUACUUCCUAUGGGUCAAGGCAGUCAAAACUGGUGCCAUCUUCUGGGCAGUUCUUACUGCACUUUCCUACUUCUACAUGGUCUCUGCCUGGGGUGGCUACGUUUUCAUUAUUAACCUUAUUCCACUGCAUGUGUUUGUGCUGCUGCUGAUGAACCGGUUCUCUAAUAGAAUCUACAUAGCUUACAACACUUUCUUCAUCCUUGGCCUGCUCAUGUCCAUGCAAAUUCCAUUUGUUGGCUUCCAGCCAGUGCGCACAAGCGAGCACAUGGCUUCAGCAGGUGUAUUUGUCCUGCUAAAUGCCUAUGCCCUGCUCAAGUACCUGCAAACCUUCUUCUCCCGGUCCGAGAUGAAAACAUUAUUCUUUGGCGCUGUAGCUGCAGUAGCUGGACUGGUGUUCCUGUCUGUUGUCAUUCUUACCUAUGCAGGCUACAUUGCUCCAUGGAGUGGCCGCUUCUACUCUCUAUGGGACACUGGUUAUGCCAAGAUCCACAUUCCAAUCAUUGCCUCUGUGUCCGAGCACCAGCCGACCACAUGGUUCUCCUUCUUCUUUGACCUGCAUGCCCUGGUGGCUACAUUUCCAGUUGGCCUCUGGUACUGCGUCAAGAACAUCAACGAUGAGCGCGUGUUCAUCGUGUUGUACGCUGUGACAUCGGUGUACUUUGCGGGUGUGAUGGUUCGGCUGAUGCUGACACUGACACCCGUGGUGUGUGUGCUGAGUGCCAUUGCCUUCUCGAGCACCCUGAAGCUGUACUUGCAAGAGGAGGAGCCCAAGGCUGGCCAGCAGUCCAGCAGCAACCACCAGGGUGGCCAGGCCAGCAGCAGCAGCCAGGGCGACAGUGAAGACAGUGAUGACAACCGCGAGAAGAAGAAGCUCUAUGACAAGGCAGGAAAACUUCGCAAGAUCAAGUCUGACCAAGGUCGUGAGAAUGUGGGCCUAGGCACCAAUGUACGGAGCAUAGUGGUCGUUGUGCUGAUGAUGAUCCUCAUGAUGUUUGCCGUCCACUGCACCUGGGUCACCAGCAAUGCAUAUUCCAGUCCCAGCAUUGUGCUUGCAUCCUACAGCUCAGAUGGGUCAAGAGCCAUUUUGGACGACUUCCGGGAGGCCUACUACUGGCUCUCUCAGAACACCCAUGAAAAUGCACGUGUGAUGUCAUGGUGGGAUUACGGGUACCAGAUAGCAGGCAUGGCCAACCGAACAACUCUGGUAGACAACAAUACGUGGAACAACAGCCACAUUGCACUGGUAGGAAAGGCCAUGUCUUCAAAUGAAACUGCAGCCUACGAGAUCAUGAAAGCACUGGACGUGGACUACGUCCUAGUCAUUUUUGGCGGUGUGAUUGGCUACUCUGGUGACGACAUCAAUAAGUUCCUUUGGAUGGUCAGAAUUGCAGAAGGUGAACACCCCAAGGAUAUAAAGGAAACCGAUUACUUCAACGACAAGGGAGAGUUCAGAGUAGACGAGUACGGAUCCCAAACACUGCUCAACUGUCUCAUGUACAAGAUGAGCUAUUACCGCUUUGGUGAAGUUCAGCUCGACUACCGGUCACCGCCCGGCUUUGACCGCACACGCAACAUGGAGAUAGGCAACAAGCACUUCACCCUGGAGCACCUUGAGGAGGCAUACACAACCGAGCACUGGUUGGUGCGCAUCUUCAAGGUGAAGAAGGAACCCAACCGUCCACGCAUCCCGUACGUCCAGCGCCAGAUCAAGGCCCGGAGCACCUUUGUUUCGAAAAAGGUAAAGCCACAGGCUGGGGCCUCCCCAAUCUACAGCAGCGGGCAGAGCAGGCCGCCUUAGAGCUUACGCAAGAAGAAAGGAUACAUCAAAAACAGGCCCGCUGUUGUAAAAGGAAAGAGGUCGGCAAAAACCAUGUAGGACUAUCAAAUCAAAUUACUUUACAAGGAAAAAGAAGCUGUAAAUGCUGUCCCCAAUGCACGUCGAAACCUGCGCAUAGUCAUCAUGUGAAGACGAAGACUUGUUUUUUUUUUUUUCCUCAUUUGUUCUUUGUUCUUUUUCACUUGCUGCGGACAACCGUGGGUGCCUCCAUCCAGUGUGUUGUGUGUGUGCGUGCAUCGGAGUGUGCAAGUUCAGCUUUUGUUCAUUCGCGACAGGUGCAGAACGAGCAAGCACCUGCUCUCUCUCUCUGCAUUUGUUUUUCCUGUGGCAUUCAGUGCUGUUUGCGCAGCUGACAGAGAGAUCCCAUCGCCCAGAGGAAGAAGCUUAGUUUUUAUUUACCACUGUUUUUUGUUGGCUAUUUUUGAACUAUUGUGGGACUUGAGUGAGCAAGCACUUCUGUGGUGGUUUUGUUUUUUUUUUUUUUCCUCAUUACUGUGUGGAUGACUCAUUAUUGGAGAAAGUGUCUGGGGUUGUUGAUAUAAUGAAUUUGGUAAAUAAAAUACACUAAGGAAGAA